AUGUCUCAAUCCGGAGCGUCCGUUUCCCAGGAGUGCAUCGAGGCGUACAACGACCUGAAGCUCAACAAGAAGUACAAGUACAUUGUCUUCAAGCUGUCCGACGACAACAAGCAGAUUGUCAUCGAGGAGGCCUCUGAGAGCAAGGACUGGGAGACCUUCCGCGAGAGGCUCAUCAACGCCACCAGCAAGUCCAAGACUGGUGCCGUCGGCAAGGGUCCCCGCUACGCCGUCUACGACUUCCAGUACAGCCUUGCCUCGGGCGAGGGCGAGCGCAACAAGAUCGCCUUCAUCGCGUGGUCCCCCGAUGAUGCUGGCAUCAUGGCUAAGAUGAUCUACGCCUCUUCCAAGGAGGCUCUCAAGCGCUCCCUGACCGGCCUUGCGACCGAGCUCCAGGCCAACGACCACGACGACAUUGAGUAUGACAGCAUCAUCAAGACCGUCAGCAAGGGUCUUGCCGCAUAA